UCUCGAGUCCUAAUUUAUUAUUUCGCUGCUAAGGACUCAAUUUAUUUCAUUAUUUCAUAAUUCAGGACAGACUUCCUCAAUUUUGGUGCAACAAAGAAACGGACAAGAGUGACAUCUUCUUUUUGUAAUUUCAGUUGAGGACACGAUGCAAGUUAAGUUUGCUCCCUGAGGACUCACACUGUCUCCAAAUAUGCAGGAAGGACUUUUUGAUUGGAUCAAUAUAAAUACAUUUCUUCAUUCUCUUGCACCAUCAUCAGCAUCCUCACAGUAUCUUGGUUUUUGUCUUUAAUUUGCGUAUCAACUUCCUAACAAGAUGACUGUUCUUGUUGAACAUUACGUCUCUGAUUCAAGAAUCGAGGAAAAGAAAACAAAAGAGGAGAGGGGUGAUGGAGGUUUUAUGGUUCCAAAAUCUAAAGAAACUGAUGAAUUCGAUGCUCCUGAUAUCAAUUUCCUGGGCCACUCUUUUAGGGACUAUGAGAACGGUGAAAGCGAGAGACAGCAGGGUGUUGAGGAAUUCUACAGGAUGCAACAUAUUCAUCAGACUUAUGAUUUUGUGAAAGAUAUGAGAAAAGAGUAUGGAAAACUUAACAAAAUGGAAAUGAGUAUAUGGGAAUGUUGUGAGCUAUUGAACAAUGUGGUUGAUGAGAGCGAUCCUGAUCUCGAUGAGCCUCAAAUUCAACACCUUCUCCAAACCGCUGAAGCCAUCCGCAAGGAUUAUCCUAACGAAGACUGGCUCCAUCUCACUGCUCUUAUCCACGAUCUUGGAAAGGUUCUCCUUUUGCCAGAAUUCGGGGGUCUUCCUCAGUGGGCUGUCGUUGGCGACACAUUUCCAGUUGGAUGCACCUUCGACCCGGCCAGUAUUCACCACAAGUAUUUCAAAGAAAAUCCUGAUAAUAACACCCCAAAGUAUAACACCAAAAAUGGAGUUUACAGUGAAGGAUGUGGACUGGACAAUGUCCUUAUGUCAUGGGGUCAUGACGACUACAUGUAUUUGGUGGCCAAGGAGAAUGGCACAACUCUUCCUCACGCUGGUCUCUUCAUUAUUCGAUACCAUUCCUUUUAUCCAUUGCACAAAGCGGGAACCUACACACAUUUGAUGAACGAUGAAGACAGGGAGGAUCUCAAGUGGCUCCAUGUUUUCAAUAAAUAUGACCUAUACAGUAAGAGCAAAGUUCAUGUAGAUGUCGAACAAGUGAAGCCUUACUACAUUUCCCUUAUCAACAAGUAUUUUCCGGCGAAACUAAAAUGGUGAAAGAUAAAAGUUGGGAGAUCACUGAUUACAUUUUACUUGGAGGACGAGACGGAAGGUUGAUGAAUUUCUACUGCAUAAAAAGAAAGUUUAAAUUAUCUAAUAAGAAAUAAUGUUCAUUCUUCUUUUCUUUUCCCAAUCAUUUUAAGAAAAAAUGAUUGACGUUGUAUUUUAUCAAUAAAAUAAAAUAAAUUGACCUCUA